CUCCAAGCGCCUCUGUGGUCUGACUUCGGCAGCACUUUCCGGCAGAAGACUGGGCACUCGCUGUCACCGCAGUGGCCUCCCUCAACGUGAUCUGAGCAUCCUUCCAGAGGCUGACAGACCUGAGCUUCGGGGUGACCAUCGCAUUUGCCUCAGUUUCCUACUCUUGUGCGGGGAAAGGCCCCGCUCUUAGAUCACAGGCAGCUGAACGUUAAGUAGCAAGCGCUUGGGGAGAACUGGCGCAGGGUGGACCCCCGCAACCCUAGAGACUGGGACUAGCGCCACCGGCUUCGCCGAGAGACGAGCGGGCGAACAAGCGGGCCCGUUGGUGUCAGCAGCAACAUGGUCUUCUGUCUGGAAAACGAGAUUCCGUGCCGCCCGCUGCGAAGCGCCAUGGUCCACAUCCAAGCCUCAGAAGUCCAGCAGCUGCUACACAACAAGUUCGUGGUCAUCUUGGGGGACUCCAUCCAGAGAGCUGUAUAUAAGGACCUGGUGCUUCUGCUUCAGAAAGACUCACUGCUCACAGUUGCCCAGUUGAAAGCCAAGGGGGAGCUGAGCUUUGAACAGGACCAGCUGGUGGCUGGGGGCCAGCUGGGUGAGCUGCACAACGGGACACAGUAUCGUGAAGUCCGCCAGUUCUGCUCGGGUUCUGGCCAUCACCUUGUACGCUUCUACUUCCUCACCCGAGUUUACUCCGAGUACCUGGAGGAUGUCCUGGAGGAGCUGACAUAUGGGCCUGCCCCGGACCUGGUGAUCAUCAACUCUUGCCUUUGGGAUCUCUCCAGGUAUGGCCGCUGCUCAAUGGAGAGCUACCGAGAGAACUUGGAACGAGUGUUCGUACGCAUGGACCAGGUGUUGCCAGACUCCUGUCUGCUGGUGUGGAACAUGGCAAUGCCCCUGGGGGAGCGUGUCACUGGGGGUUUCCUACUGCCAGAGCUCCAGCCCCUCGCAGCCACAUUGCGACGGGAUGUGGUUGAGGGGAACUUCUACAGUGCUACCCUGGCUGGUGACCACUACUUCGAUGUUUUGGAUCUUCACUUUCAUUUCCGGCAUGCAGUACAGCACCGUCAUCGAGAUGGUGUCCACUGGGACCAACAUGCACACCGUCACCUCUCACACUUGCUUCUGACCCAUGUGGCCGAUGCCUGGGGUGUGGAGCUGCCUAAGCGGGACCAUCCCCCUGACCCAUGGAUUGAGGACUGGCCAGAGAUGGAUCAUCAGUUCCAGGGAAGCCAUAGGCAGCCCCCAGACUUCGGGGAGCAACUGGCCUUGCCCCCACCCCCACCCCCUCCUUUACCCCCUCCUAUGUCUUUUUCCUACCCUCUUCCACAGCCUUCACCACCUCCCUUGUUCCCACCCUUGCCCCAGGAUGCCCCUUUCUACCCAGGCCAGCCCUUCCCACCCCAGGAAUUCUUCAGUUAUAAUCCAAUGGAAGACUUCUCGAUGCCUCUCAAUUUAGGGUGUGGCCCUGGAGUGAACUUUGCACCUAGCCCCCUGCCACCUCCAGUUCCUGGCUCUGUCUCCCACGGUCAGCACCGGGGCCCAGUGGUCCACCGGGGGAUGCCACGCUGUGUUCUCAAUAGCCCCUACCAUGUGCCAAGGUUGGGGGUGCCCAGCAGGCAGCGACUCAGGCACUCAGACAGAUUGAUCCACACAUACAAACUGGACAGGCGGGGACAUACCCAUUCAGGAACAUGGCCAGGCUAGAUGGGAUUUGGGGCUGGAGUUGGAUGUGCCAGUGGUCCUGCAGGCCUAGCUGGCACACAGGUACUGGGCCAGGGUGUCUGCCUGGCACUAUUCUUGUCCAUUGCUGAUACCAAUAAAGGCAUGGAAGGACAGACUAA